AUGACUUCAAAUGAAACUGACAUUUACCCUGAGAAUGUGUUUUUCUGCUAUCCACUCCUGCCUGACUCCUGUCCCAGAGCUCACCGGCUCCCUGCACUUAAAGUGGCGAUGUAUGUUUUAAUGGUGCUGAUGAUUCUCACAACAGUUUUUGGGAACCUGCUGAUCAUCAUCUCCAUCUCUCACUUCAAACAGCUUCAGUCUCCAACUCAUCUGAUCGUUCGCUCUUUGGCUGCCAGCGACUGUCUCCUGGGCUCUUUGGUCAUGCCGUACAGCAUGGUGCGAUCUGUUGAAGGCUGCUGGUAUCUGGGAGAUUUUGUGUGUAAAGUGCAUUCUAGUUUGGACAUGACUUUCAGCAUCUCUUCUUUAAUACAUCUCAGUUUAAUAUCUAUCGACAGGUACUGGGCCAUUUGUGACCCUCUGAGGUACAAAAUGAGGGUCACAAACAACAUUGUGACUGUAUUUACUACCUUCACGUGGCUUUUUUCAUUUCUGUACAGCUUUUCUAUUGUGUUUUCAGGGAUAAACAAAAUUGGCUUGGAGUCGUUCAUCAUGCAAGUUUACUGUGUGGGAAGUUGUGUUUUGUUUUUUAACAAACAAUGGGGUCUUAUUUGUUCACUUCUCACAUUCUUUCUUCCCGGGACGAUCAUGAGCUCUCUGUAUAUGAAUAUCUUCUAUGUUGCACGCAAACACGCAAAGGUUAUGUCUGAAAGAGUGACUGGAGGGUUGAAGAGCCAAGGCUCUGCUCAAAGAGAAGGAAAAGCAGCUAAAACUCUGGCCAUUGUCAUGGGUGUUUUUUAUCUCUGCUGGCUGCCUUUUUUUACCGCCACUGCUGUUGAUCCUUUUCUCAAUUUCGUGACUCCUGGUGAUGUUUUUGAUGCUUUGGUUUGGUUUGGAUACUUUAACUCCACUUGUAAUCCAUUGAUCUAUGGUUUCUUCUAUCCUCGCUUUCAGAAGGCCUUUAAGAUUCUCAUAUCCACUUAUAUAUGUGGCUGCAAUGACUCAAGCACCUUGAUACUUGAAUGA